GAAGCCGGCACUAGGGCCGCUUUGCAUUGCGUUGCUGCUGUAGCAUCCCAGCGGUUGGACUCAAACGCGGAGGUCCGGGACUGACGCCGGUUGGACGGGUCUGGAGACGGCCCUCUGGCGAAGCGGCCCGAGAGAUUGAUCAAAAGGAUGGAUUUUACAGAGGCUUACUCAGAUACAUGCUCUACAGUUGGACUUGCUGCCAGAGAAGGCAAUGUUAAAAUACUAAGGAAACUACUCAAAAAGGGCCGAAGUGUGGAUGUUGCUGAUAACAGGGGAUGGAUGCCAAUUCAUGAAGCAGCUUAUCACAAUGCUGUAGAAUGUUUGCAGAUGUUACUUCAUGCAGAUUCAUCUGAAAACUACAUUAAGACACAAACUUUUGAGGGCUUCUGCGCAUUACAUCUUGCUGUGAGUCAAGGACAUUGGAAAAUCACACAGAUUCUUUUGGAAGCUGGAGCAGAUCCUAAUGCAACCACUUUAGAAGAAACCACACCAUUGUUUUUAGCUGUUGAAAGUGGACAGAUAGAUGUGUUGAAGCUCUUGCUUCAACAUGGAGCAAAUGUCAAUGGAUCCCAUUCUAUGUGUGGAUGGAAUUCCUUGCACCAGGCUUCUUUCCAGGGAAAUGCUGAGAGUAUAAAACUGCUUCUUAAAGAAGGAGCAGACAGAGAAUGCCAAGAUGACUUUGGAAUAACACCUCUGUUUGUGGCUGCUCAGUAUGGGAAGCUAGAGAGCUUGAGCAUACUUAUUUCAUCUGGUGCAAAUGUCAAUUGCCAAGCCUUGGAUAAAGCUACUCCUUUGUUUAUUGCUGCACAAGAAGGUCAUACAAAAUGUGUGGACCUUUUGCUGUCCAGUGGGGCGGAUCCUGAUCUUUAUUGUAAUGAAGAUAAUUGGCAGUUACCUAUUCAUGCUGCUGCACAAAUGGGCCAUACAAAGACCUUGGACUUAUUAAUACCACUUACUAACCGGGCUUGUGACACUGGACCAGACAAAGUGAGCCCUGUUUACUCUGCAGUGUUUGGAGGACAGGAAGAGUGCCUGGAAAAGUUACUGCAGCACGGCUAUAGCCCAGAUGCACAAACGUGCUUGGUGUUUGGAUUCAGUUCCCCUCUGUGCAUGGCUUUCCAAAAGGACUGUGAGUUCUCUGGAAUUGUGAAUAUUCUUUUGAAGUAUGGAGCCCAGUUAAAUGAACUUCAUUUGGCAUACUGCCUCAAGUAUGAGAAGUUUUCCAUGUUUUGCUGUUUUUUGAAGAAAGGUUGCCUUAUGGUACCUUGGAAUCAUACAUCUGAAUUUGUAAGUUAUGCAGUUAAAGCACAAACAAAAUAUAAGGCAUGGUUGCCACAUCUCCUGCUUGCUGGAUUUGACCCAUUGAUUCUUCUGUGCAGCAGCUCUUGGGUUGAUUCAGUCAGUGAUGACAUCCUUAUCUUUACUUUGGAAUUUUCUAAUUGGAAGAGACUUCCUUCAGCUGUUGAAAAGAUGCUCUCUGUCCGUGCAAACUCCUCAUGGGCUCUUCAGCAACAUAUGGCCUCUGUUCCAAGCCUAACCCAUCUUUGUCGUUUGGAAAUUCGGGCCAGUCUAAAGGCAGAGCACCUUCAUUCUGACAUUUUCCUCCAUCAGUUGCCACUUCCCAGAAGUCUGCAGAGCUAUUUGCUGUAUGAAGAGGUUUUGAGAAUGAAUGAGAUUCCAGAAACAGGAGCUAAUCAUGAUGGAGCAAUCAGUGAGGCCACCUGACACAGGUUUUUUAAUACUAUUUAGUCACAAAAGAUGGCUUUGUGUGAUUGUUUAGCCUUGGGGACAAUAGGAAAUGUAAAUGUUUACAGCUGGGUUUCCCAGUUUGCCUAUUUCCCAAUAUUGUAAACCUUAUUCAUCUAGACUUACUCAGUUUUAUUUCCAGUAUACUUUGUUGUAAACUAUUUGUUUACCUGACCAUUUUCUACUUUAUUCUGCUAAUAAACUGAUUCUGCUGUGGUGCUGGAUGUGACUACUUUCUACUUAGGAUUCAUGUUCACUUGUGCUGGGAGCUAAGCAUAGAAUCCAUAAACUUUCCAGGAAGAAGUUAUAACAUCUGUACUUUUGAAUUAUGUACCAUUGUUAUUAUCUUAUUUAGGGAUGAAUAUCUUCAAUGUUUAUAAAGAGGAAAUUUUCCUCCAUGUUAUAAUCUGUUCUCAUUUCUUAAUUCAAACGUUUUUAUGAGGUGUUAAUACUUUUGCAUUUUCACACGUAAAGAACAUAAAAAGCCAGUCAUAUUGUUGAUUUAUCACCCCCUAGGUUUGUUCUUUCUUUAUACUCUUUUGGCAAAAGAUACCCUAUUUUUAGUUUUCAAAGACAAUGCAUCUAAACUUAGAGACAUAUACAGCAUAAACAAAUUUUGUCAUCUUUAGAAGUAUUUUACUGUACCUAGAAUAUUAAUAAACCUGAAAGGGACAUUCAUACAGCACUACCUAUAGUGAAAGAAUGGUUCACAUUUCAGUAAUAUAAUGCUAAAUAUAAUAGCUAGGCUUCAUUCAGUUCCACAAUAGCAGGAUAGUUUGUUCCUGUUAGUCACCAAUAGUCAAUUAUAUCACAUUAAUAUGUUUUUCUCUCUUAAUAUCUGGAUGUAUUUUUAGAUCAUGGAUGAAAUAAGGACCUCAGAAUACUGCAUCAUGAAUUUUUACAACCAUUUUAUUUAUGUCAAAAAAAUCAAACAUGAUCAAUUUAGUUAUCUAGGGAAUUGGAAAUUAGCCUUAAGAACAAGGUACUAGAGUGUUGCUGUCAUGAUAGGCACCAGAGGAUGAUUUCUACAGGAGGCAAGCCUUCUUGUCAGCAACCUGUGAUUGGGUAGAUCAGCUGGGCCCAUCUCUGAUAGGCCCUUGAAAGGAGAAUAAUGAAGAUGGACUUCAUGAUAACUGAUUGGGAAGACAGGCUCAUGUUUACAUUCAAGACUAGUUUGGUGAGGAUAAAAAGUUAGUUAUUGAGAAUCAGGCAGAAAUUCUGAUGGUUCUGUUUAAUAAAGGUAUUCUAAUAUUUUAAAAUUUUA